AUGGGCAUUGAUGUGACUGUGAUCAUGUGCAAUUUGCGCCUGUUGGAUGAUAAGGUUCGGGAACAUUAUCUAGAGACUGCUUCCUCAAUGAAAGCUAAGGUUUCCGAUGGAGAAAAUGAAAGUGAGAGGGAUGGAGAAAAUGAAGAGAAUGAAAAAGAUAGUGAAAAGGAUGGAGAUGGUGAUAUUGAGAAUGAAGAUAGUAAUGAUGAAAGUGAGAAGGAUGGAGAUAUAGAGAAUGAUGAAGAUAAUGAUCCCAUUUCGCAAUUUUAUAAUUGGAAGAAUUUUGUUGCUCUUCAAAAACCUAACUUUUAUAUUGAUUGCUUUCGAUUCAGAGCCACUGAAAUGUAUAGCACAUUGGCUGGAAAAUUGAAAUUGGAGGAAUGUUGGUCUGAUGAAAGCCAACUCGAGGAUUUAUUGGGCUAUGAAAUAACGUUUGAAGAGGACUUGAAGAAAGAGUAUCAUGCAAAAAAGAAGGGACUAAUUGAUGAACAAGUAGAGGUGGAAAAAUUGAGAUAUCCUAAUUUGUUGACCAUAUGCGACUAUUACAAUGAGAGGGAUGAUUAUUGUAUGACAUUUGUUCAUCCGUCUCGUGUGUCGAAAAUGAGUGAGAGAUGUGGUCACUUUGCAGGCAUUCCAUUAAAUGUUUUGGAAGAGGGCUUCAUGCAAGAAUAUGAAGAAUAUUAUUUGAAGAGCUCCAAAAAACUAAAAACAGAAGAAGAAGAGAAAAAACCUUUUGAGAAAUGGGUUUACUAUGAAUAUGAUCAUAUUUCUCUAUUUCACAACAUGAUGCUAAGAUAUAAUAGUCCAACAUCAUUUUUCACUCUCCUUCCAAAGACACCCAUUGACAACUCGCAACCUGUAAUCAAACUCUUUGAAAAUGGAAAUGUUAAAUUUUCAGAUUUGGCUGACGAAUACUGGAUCACAGUUAUGCAAUUUAUUGAGGAUCCUUUCACUUUAUUGCGAUUUGCAAUGGCCAACUCAGUCUUGUAUAGAAUAUUUACAGAAAGGAAAGAUGAUCUAUUUCGUAACUUUCAACAUCUUAAAGCAGAUAUUGGUCUAUUCUGCUAUUUGUCUUAA